CUCGAGGAAGUUGGAAGUAUCUUUGACGGAAUCCAGCAACAAAGCACAGCUCUUACUACCUUGAUGCGGUCAAAGAGCUCCGAAGACAAAGGUCUUGGUGAUUGUUCCAAGACCUUGACAGACAAUCUACAUACUAUAGAUCUGCCAUGCCUUACCAAUUGGGGAUCUCUCAUCGAAGUGAACACACGAUGGUGACACUAUAUAAGAUACCUUGAUUGAGCCUACUCUCAAUUGGCAACUCACUCAGUUUGGUUGAACAAACUCCACGAUGAUUGGACCAGGUGAGCUCUCCCUACGCCCCGGCGGCUUCGCACCCAUGGACGGACAAGCUCUGGGCUGUAUACUUGAUCAUUCAAGGCAGAUUGAGUACCUAGUUGGUAAGAGUGAUACGGCAACGACCGCCGUGUUUUACAUCGUGGGUCCCAACGAGCUCGAUCUCGUGGACAUUCCUUGGGCCCGCCUGGAAGAAGUGCUCAAGUGCAUCUUGCGCCAGGCGCGAAGAGACAAUCCGGAGACCGGUAUCCUCGCCGGCGAGAUUAUCAACGGAGAGUACUCUCGGUUCUACCGGGAGGUUCUGCCCUUUGAUGGCACCGAUGAUCAGGUCCGAGGCAUCUACCAGCACAAGCUCGACGGCGAGACGACCUUUCACGCGGUCGAAGACGAUAAGCUGAUUGAAUGUUUGAAGGCGAUCGCCUUCUACGGGUUCCCCUCUGUAGAGUCUGUGCUGAGUCUGCAAGCUAUGCUUUUGAGUCAAGGUCGGACGCAGGGAAGUCGAUGCGCUGGAUGGCGCAGAACGGAGAGACGCCGGAUGUGCCGAAGCACUGUGCCAUAGAUUUGCCCCUGGCUUUUUCGAAAGUUUAAUACAGUUGCAAAUCCUCCAAUUUGUCGAGACACAGCCCAUCACCUCAUGACUCGAGUCAAGGCCAAGUUGACCAAUAAUUCGACUACAUUACUUCACCGUCCCGACCUGCAUGGAAGUGUGAAGGCGGGGUCGGGUUGUCGGGACUCGGUAGUAGGUUGUGGAAACUGCCCCGCCAUGUCAUCCCUCAAGUGUUAUG